UACGAGGGUGCGAAAGAUUAUGGAUGUGAGCUCGCUGGGAGCGGCGAGGCAGCUGAUCCGGCGCGGCGACGAUCGUCUCCCGCGGCAUUUCGGGCAGGGAUUGAGGGGGAAGGUGAUUGUGCGCGCUGGGGGCGAAGGAGGGAAUCAGGGUUUUGCGGGAGCUGCGGUGCAGCAAAUGGCGGGGUCUGGAGGAUCGAGGGAUGGGAUCGUGAUUGUGGAUCAUGGCUCGCGCCGGGCGGAAUCGAAUUCGAUGCUGGAGGAGUUUGUGAAUAUGUACAAGAGGAAGACCGGGCAUGAGAUCGUGCAAGCUGCUCACAUGGAACUUGCAGCUCCAUCGAUCGAGGAUGCGUUUGAUCGCUGCGUGGAGCUAGGAGCGCAGAGGGUCAUCGUAAGUCCAUACUUUCUCUUCCCAGGAAGACACUGGAACAAAGACAUUCCAGCACUAGCAGCAGCGGCGUCCGCAAAGCAUCCCGGAAUUCGAUAUCUCGUGACUGCUCCCAUUGGCCUUCACGAACUCAUGGUGGAUGUUUUGGAGGACCGAAUGAAAUACUGCGUGAGCCGUGCCGAGGGACGAGCCGACGAAUGCGACAUGUGUGUUGGAACUGGACGAUGUCGUGAGAUCGCCGUGGUCCAGCGAAAACAAGAGCAAAACCACCAAAUUGGACUGGAAAGCUCCAUCUCUCCGAAUGCAUCAUAAAAUACCAGGUACGCUCUCUCAAGUCUUCUCAUUCGCGAUUCCUUUCUUAACAAGCAAGAAAUUUUUUUUCAAAGUUCCAAGAGCCCGUGGAAUGAAAUAAACUGGGCAAUAUUUCAUAAA